ACAACCAACAUUUGAACAUCGCCACGGUAUCUUUCUCGUUCUUUCUCCACCGAACUUUUACCCAAGAAAUGCCUCGGUAUCCAUCGCAGGAAUUGAUUCAUGGGAUAGCACGGGAGUGCCAUGACCAGUUCAAUAGACUGCCAAAGCACGGAAAACCAUCCAGAAAGAGCAAUGGCCAGGCAGAAUGGACUAUACUUGCGGGAAUAGUUCUUGCCACUCCUACCGCACCGGCUUUGAGCAAGAUCUCAGAUAUCAAUGGCGGCACAUGUCUGGACAACACAGAUGAGCCAGAUGAAUCCUGGGAGGUCGAAUGUAUAUCACUGGCUACGGGAAGUAGAUGUUUGCCUCAGGGCAAGCUGAGUCCUCGGGGUGAUUUAGUAAAUGAUUGUCAUGCGGAAGUUCUAGCACGUCGAGGAUUCAACAAGUGGUGCCUCUCGGAAAUGCAAGCCUGUAUUAGUUAUCCCGAAAACAUGGCCAACAGAUUUCGAUACCUUGGGAAUCAGGAUACUCCAUUAAACAAAGGACCUCUUUUCCAGCUCGCGGAUCCGAGGACCCAGUUUCAUCUUUAUGUCAGUCAAGCCCCCUGUGGUGAUGCUACAACAUCCAGUCUCGCUCAGACCCAAACAGAGGAGUCCAGGAACGCGUUCAUGAACGGCCAGCAAGCACGGGUUAAGACACAACAGGCACAGGCACCGCCAGCUGGAAUCGAAGACAGGCAGGGGCAUGAUCAGGGUGCCCAGUCUUUACGAACGAAACGUCCACUUGAUUCGACAGAGAUUGAGGCUAUAGAUCUAUCAUCUCCUCCUCCUCCAAAACAAACAAAGCUGGAUAUGCCUUCAGUCGGGUCAACACAGUCUCAACAAACAUGCCACCACGCCCUUGGAUUUCGACGCGGGCGCAUUGACUAUGAUUCCGUGGGCGUGCUGCGGACGAAACCAGGAAGAGUCGACUCUGAACCAACAGCAUCCAUGUCCUGCUCAGACAAGAUUGCGCGCUGGAAUGUCCUUGGACUGACUUCCGCAUUGGUGGCGCCGUUUCUAGGGUCGAUCUACCUACAGUCCGUCAUUGCUCGUGAACUAUUUGAUGCUACUGCUCUGGACAGGGCACUAAACGAGAGAAUUAAGAGCUGCGAGUGCACAGCCGGCCCAGCUGUAUCUGAUCCUGAUAGCGGAUCAUAUCAUUUCCAUCGGGUUCAAGUCUACCAGAGCCCCGCCUCGUUUGAAUUUGGCAAGGAAGCGGUAUCAGCACGAAGCGAAAAAGAAGGCAUUACGGUCCCUCCCGUUGCCUGCUCCACAAGUAUUUCAUGGAUUGCUUCUGAACCAUCGACUGCAGAAGUCCUUGUCAAUGGGUGCAAAGCUGGGGCCUCGGCCAAGCAACCUUUGCAGCCAAAGUCCCGGAGUAGGGUCUGCAAAAUCAACAUGUUUAAAAGCAGCGCCGAUCUUUGGAACUGCCUUCCAGAGUCAGCGUCAAGGCGAAUGGAGAAACGCGACCUUGUUUGCAGUAUGAGGGUAUCUUUGAAGGCCGAUAGUAUUUCCUAUGGCGAAUGGAAGACUCUUGCCAAGGAUCAUGUUGCUAGCAAGGAGCGCCUAUUCAGUAAUAUCUUUCGGCAUUGGAUUAGAAGCGAUAAAUCGCUGGAGCUGUUCAACAUCAAUGGUAAUUCUCUAAUAAAGCCGUGAGGCAUAUGCCAGCCGCGCC